AUGUUCCAGCCACAAGCAACUCCGUUUUCCUUCAACGCGUAUGGGGUUGGGGUUGGGCUGUCUGCGCCGGGAGCCGAGUAUCCAGCAGCCUUCCAGCCCAGCAGCAGCGUCACUGACAACGGCGGACCUACGUUGUUUCGAGACCCCAUCUUCACCACGCAUUACAAUCAAAAUCCCAACCCAAACCCGAACAACCACCGCCACAACCACAACAACCACCCGCGACAGCGAUACACGAUGGCCGAUAAUGGCAUGAACGACAUGGACGCCCAGGAGGCAUUGGCUCGCGAAUUCCAGCCGCCGUUAGAGGGUCCGCUGGUGGGCGAGAAGAAGAGCAGCGCGGCCAUCACAGCAGAGUAUGCGCGAGCUGACCCAAUCUACGUUGCGAAAACAGCAAACCUCCCCCAGACAUAUUCGCACUACCGCCCGAUACUUGGAGAUGGAAACUGUGGAUGGCGGGCGGCUGGAUUCUCCUACUUCGAAACGUUGCUACGUACCGGGGACAAGGCCGUGCUGGAAACGGAAGUGGCUCGCAUGACAUCUCUGAACAACCUGCUGACGGUCUCCGGCGGAUUCGAAUCAUGGAUUUUCGAGGACAUGGUAGAGGUGACGACGGAUCUGUUAAGAGACCUGGCGAGCCUGGUUCAGACAUCGCCGCAGGCUGCGUCGGCCUUGCUGGAGGAGCGCUUCAACACACCCGAGAUCUCAAACACCAUCGUGUACCACCUCAGACUGCUAGCGAGUUCAUGGCUGGCAGGACACCGAACGACGUAUCAGGGUUACAUUGAGGAUGUGGCUGGCGUGGAUGGCUACAGAAAGAAUGUGCUUGAACCGGUAGAUAAUGAGAUUGACCACGUUGGGAUGGUUCUUCUUAUCGAUGUCUUGCUCAAACCCAUUGGUUUCGCUGUUGAGAUUGUGUACCUGGACAGAAGUGAAGGCACAUCGGUGAACACGCACAUUUUACAAUCCGAGGACGCUAAUGGAGUACCAACUAAUCCAGGAGGGCCGAUGAUCUAUCUCCUCUACCGGCCGAGUCAUUACGAUAUCCUGUACAAGGACAGUCCACCAAUACCCGUCCAACCAUUACCUCAGGUCAUACAUACCCCGAGUCUUCAAGUUCAGAGAGUGGCUUUCAGUCAGCAACAGCAUUCAGUUCAGAGUACCCCUAUGGAUUUCAAUCUAGAUCUUCACGGCUUGCUUACCAUGCCUGGCUUCGGGGGCGGCUUACCAUUGCAGCAGUCACAUCACGGGUUUUCAACACAUUAUACAUCGCCAAUUGAUCGAACAUAUGCGGCUUCACCGAUUUCUUCAAUGUCUCCUAUCUCACCCGGAGCAUCGUCAGCGACCACUCCAUCAAGUACUACCAUGGCAUCAUAUUCAGCGCAGCCUAUGAUGAACUCGUCACUAUCGAAACCUAUGGUAGCAUCCCAUCCUGCGUAUACGCAAAAUACUACCAUACCAGUUCACUCCCACUUACCACCGCACCCAUCGCACCCACCAGCUCUACAAACACAUUCCAUCCCUCCUUCUGAACUUCCUUCUCCCAGUUCUGCAGGCGGCUCGUUUCGACCUAGCAAAUAUGAAUGGGAAGCUGGUUGGGCCCAUGAAGGUCCAGUUCAGUUUCUGACUAGCACAUUCAAAAACAGCCAUUAUAAUACGGCACACUACAACAAUCCAAACUUUCAGCCUGAGGAGUGGAGUCCAGAUGCAGAUGAUCCGUUGCCUACGAGGAAACGAUCAGGCUAA